AUGGUGAGUGUGGUGCGGGUGCAUUUUCCUUCUGAUAUACCGAUUGUGGGGUGCGAGUUGACACCGUAUGUCCAAUUGAAGCGAACCAACAAUUCUGUCGUUGCCGAUGAUGCUACUGAGUUGAACCCUAUCGAUGGCCAUUUUUUGGAAUACAGAUGGUACCGGGUACAAAGUAAUAAAACCGUUUGUAGUGUUCACCCAACUGAGCAAGCUACUGUACAAUGCCUUGGAUGCUAUAAGGCCAAAUUACCUGUUGCCAAGAGUUACCAUUGUUCUAACAAGUGUUUUGCUGAUGCCUGGCAACACCAUCGUGUUCUGCACGAGCGUGCUAGUCCGUUAAAAGAGGUUCCUCGAAAUGGUGAAAUAUGGUUUAAAAUUGGAUGCUCCAAGACAUAUACACCAACGGCUGAUGAUAUUGGUCAUAUCCUGAAAUUUGAAUGUGUUGUAGUAAAUGUUGAAACAAGAGAAGUAGUGGCUUCUCCCGAACCUUCUGGGACUGAUUAUGUGAUUUCUCCUCCAUCACCCAGUCCACGUAGAGUGAUAUCUGUUAGUGGAGUGGAUAUCGCUAGGCAUGUGGAUAUUGAUAUUCGUUCUUCAUCUGGCAUGACAUUUUCAGUGCUCUCGUACAAUAUUCUGUCUGAUAUCUAUGCUUCGACGGAAUUAUACAGCUAUUGCCCCCUUUGGGCCCUUCCAUGGCCCUACCGCAGACAAAACCUGUUACGAGAAAUAGUUGGUUACCAAGCGGACAUUAUCUGUCUCCAAGAGGUUUUUGGUGGGAAAAUGAAUACCAUUGAUGGCUGCGCUACUUUCUUCCGCUGUGAUAGAUUUGCACUUGUCAAAAAAUAUGAGGUUGAAUUCAACACAGCUGCUCAAUCCCUGACUAAUGCUUUGGUUCCCAGUUCACAGAAGAAUAAUGCCUUAAAUCGAUUGAUAAAGGAUAAUAUUUCGUUAAUCAUUGUUCUAGAAGCCAAAUUUGGUGACCAUGGCAUUGAUAAUCCCGGGAAGCGCCAGCUUGUUUGUGUGGCAAAUACACAUGUCCACGUGCAUCAAGAGUUGAAGGACGUGAAGCUCUGGCAGGUCCACACGCUUAUUAAAGGCCUGGAAAAGAUUGCUGCAGCUGCGGAUAUCCCAAUGCUGGUCUGUGGGGAUUUUAAUUCUGUACCUGGAAGUGCUCCACAUGCCCUUCUCGCUUUUGGGAGAGUUGAUCCUUUUCAUCCAGAUUUAGCUGUGGACCCUCUAGGAAUUCUUCGCCCCAUUGCUAAACUAACACAUCAAUUGCCACUGGUUAGUGCUUACUCAUCCUUCGUCAGAGCUAAGGUUGGUCUUGGUCUAGAGCAAAGAAGGAAAAUGGAUCUUGCUACUAAUGAGCCUCUCUUUACUAGCUGGACCAGAGAUUUUAUUGGUACUCAUGAUUACAUCUUUUAUUCAGCCGACGCUUUAACGGUGGAGUCUUUGUUGGAGCUUCUGGAUGAGGAUAUCUUGCGCAAGAACACUGCUCUUCCUUCUCCAGAGUGGUCAUCAGAUCACAUGGCACUAUUCGCCGAGUUCCGCUGCAAGCCUAAGAGACGUUAA